AUGGAAGGGUUGAUUCCAUAUCUGAUUCAUGCUAUCAAGAGAAACCACAAGCCUCAACAUCAGACGUAUCGCUUGAUGUCUAUAGGAUCGAGCCAUAGCUACGGACCAUUAAUGAUGGGACAAGAAGGUUCUUCAUUACAGGGAUCUUCUCACCGUCCAACUAGAUCAGAGUACAAGCCACCUGUGGUAAUGGAUAUGUUUGAUCAGACAUUAUCAGGUUUUUGUCAAGAUUCUGUGAAUAAAGAUUCUUUUUCUCAGAAUAUAGCAACAUACGUCAGCUUACAUAUAAGCAAUAAGCUUCUGUAG